AAAUUUGUGCUUGAAAUGGGCACAGAGAAGAGGGGGGCAGCAGCCUCAUACAGCCUGGCAGAAAUGGGGAACCUAAAAGUAUCCUAUUUAUGGAUUACAUUAUUUAUUGGACUUUCAUCCCAGCAAACAGAUUUUGACUUCUUUCCUGACAUCUUUGAACAAGAAACUACAACUGAAAUGAUGCCAACGUCACCAGUGUCUGUGCUGCCAACCACGGUGGUCAUAGCUGACACCUAUGAGAAUCUCAUGGGAAUGAAUGUGGAUCACAGCGGGCAGGUGUGCAGCACAUGGGGAAACUUCCACUUCAACACGUUUGAUGGUCAAUUCUUCCAGCUGCCCUACACCUGUAACUACAUCCUGGCCACCAUGUGUGACAGCACCAUGUCUGAUUUUAACAUCCAAAUGAGAAGAAAGUAUACCAGCAAUCUCCCCACCAUCAGUUCCUUUACCAUAAAGUUAGAGGGGGUUGUAAUCCAGCUUACUGAUGGCAUCAUUACCAUGAAAGAAAAGAAAGUGAUCAUCCCAAGCUAUCAGUUUGGGGUUCGGAUUGAGAGAACUACAAGUUACAUCAAGAUAAGCUCCAACAAACUGGAACUGGCAGUCUUUUGGGACGAACAAAACUCUCUCUCUGUUGAGAUCCCCACAAAGUACAGAAAUCAGACCUGUGGAUUGUGUGGAGACUUCAAUGGCAUCAAGAUUAACGAGUUCAUCAUGAAUGGUGAACAGUUAACAUCACAAGAUUAUGGACAUAAAUGGAAGAUGGAUGCACCCACUGAGACAUGUGAGGAAAUUGAGCUGAAGACUGAAGAGUGCAGUGAUCAGAGAGCUGAAUGUGAAAAGCUGCUUUUUGAUGUAGCCUCAGGCAGCUGCCACAGUCUGCUACCCAUGGAGGGGUUUGUGGAAGCAUGUAUUAAGGACCUGUGUCAGUGUAACAACAGCCAGGCUGAGUGUCUGUGUGACACCUUAUCUGAGUACUCACGCCAGUGUGCACACGCUGGGGGCCAGCCGCAGAGUUGGAGAACCAAUGAGCUGUGUGGUAAAACAUGUCCAUUCAACCUGGAGCACAGUGAAUGUGGACGUCCAUGUAAAGACACUUGUUCUAACCAAGAAUCGAGCCAGGUCUGCAGUGAACACUGUAGUGAUGGCUGCUUCUGCCCAUCAGGAACUGUUUUUAAUGACAUUGUGGAAAAUGGAUGUGUCCCAGUUGAUCAAUGCCCCUGCCUCCACAAUGGAGAAAUUUACCAGCCUGGAGACUCAUACAAAAAGCCUUGUCAAGAAUGUGUGUGUUCUGAUGGACGAUGGAACUGUCGAAAACUGAACUGUCCUGGUACCUGCUUUUUGCAUGGAGGAGCUCAUAUCACCACAUACGACGGCAAAUCCUACACCUUUCAUGGAAACUGUCAUUAUGUCCUUUCCAAGGACAAUACAGGGGAUGUGGCAGUAUUGGGGCAUUUAGUGCAGUGUGGUCAAACAGACACUGAAACGUGUUUGGCUGCUGUGAAGUUCAUCGUUUCAGGAACCACUAUUACCUUUCUAUCCAGUGGCUCUAUACUUGUGAAUGAGAUUGCAACUAAACUUCCAAUUUCUAAUGAUCAAGUAACAGUCUUCAGGCCUUCUACAUACUUCAUCAUUGCCCACACUCCAAGCCUUCAGCUGGUCAUCCAAACAGUUCCAGUCAUGCAACUGUACAUUGUGGCAAACAGUCAGAAUAAGGGAAAUUUGAGUGGUCUGUGUGGGAACUUCAAUGAUGUCCAAAUUGAUGACUUUAAAACAAUAUUAGGACUGAAAGAAGGAACUGCUGCAACUUUUGCCAACACAUGGAAGGCUAUUCCCAACUGUCCUGAUGUUCCUAACAGUAAUCAGAACCCCUGCAGUAUGAGUGUGGAAAAAGAGAAAUAUGCCAAAGAAUGGUGUAACAUGCUCAUUAAACCAGAUGGAGUAUUUUCUUCCUGUCAUGCUGAAGUCAACCCCAAUGAUUACAAAGAUCGGUGUGUUUAUGACACAUGUAACGGUGCUAAAAGUGAAGAAAGCAUGUGUGCAGCUUUGUCUUCCUAUGUAUAUGCAUGUGCUGCUAAAGGAAUCCUACUCCAUGGCUGGAGAAAUCACACUUGUGAUAGGUUCUCCGAGGAUUGUCCAGGAAACAUGCAGUACUCCUACAGCCGAACUAGCUGUGGGUCCACUUGUCGCUCCCUCAGUGAAUACGAUCCUUCAUGUAAGGUGAAACACACACCAGUGGAUGGCUGUGGCUGUGCUGAGGGCACCUACCUCAAUGACAAGGGCGAGUGCGUGUCUGACUCCAGCUGCCCCUGUUACUACAACAAUCAGGUUGUGGCCCCCUCUCAGGUCAUCAGCGUGGACGGCGCUACAUGCACAUGCACUCAUGGCAAGCUACACUGCACUGGGCAGCAGCAAGCUCCAAAUUGCAACGAUCCUAUGAUUUUCUUCAACUGCUCAAGUGCUGGACAUGGAGCCCAUGGGGUAGAAUGCCAGAAAAGCUGCCAGACGAUGGACUCAGACCAUUGUGAGAGCAUGCACUGUACAUCAGGGUGUGUCUGUCCAAAUGGACUACUAGCUGAUGGAAAUGGAGGGUGUGUUCAAGAAGAUUCUUGUCCUUGCGUUCAUAAUGGAGUCUCCUAUCAGCCUGGAGAAACAGUUCAAGAAGACUGCAACACAUGCACUUGCAGAAACAGAACAUGGAGCUGCACACACAAAGAGUGUCCUAGCACUUGUUCUAUCUAUGGUGAUGGCCAUUACACAACUUUUGAUGGGAGAAGAUACUCUUUCAGCGGAGACUGUGAAUAUACACUGGCUCAGGACUACUGCAGCAACAGCUUCACUGGAUCAUUUCGUGUCAUAACGGAGAACAUCCCCUGUGGCACAACUGGGACCACCUGCUCCAAAUCUAUUAAAAUCUUUCUAGGGAACAAAGAGCUGCUACUGACAGAUGAGAAAAUUAACGAGGUCCUUUAUGAUAAUGGCACAGAAAUCCCUUACAAAAUCCACACUGUGGGGAUUUACUUGGUAGUUGAAGCUAAAAACGGUCUGGUUAUAUUCUGGGACAAGAAGACAAGUCUACAAAUCAAACUCAAAGCUUCAUUUAAGGGCAAAGUAUGUGGACUAUGUGGUAACUACGAUGGCAACGGGAAAAAUGACUUUGUGACUCGCGUUGGAGAGGAAGUGGUGGAGCCGCUUGAAUUUGGUAACAGCUGGAGAGUUUCUUCUACCUGCCCCAAGGCCAGCGGUUUCAACAGGCCCUGUGAUCUGAGACCAGAGCGUGAGGCCUGGGCUGUCAAACACUGCAGCAUCAUCAAGAGCGAUGUCUUUAGUUCAUGUCACGCCUCAGUGGACCCAACUCCGUAUUAUGACGUAUGUGUGCAGGACACAUGUGCAUGUGACAGUGGUGGAGAUUGUGAGUGUUUCUGUACAGCAGUAGCAGCAUAUGCUGCAGCCUGUAGUGAGCAGAGAGCCUGUAUAUCAUGGAGGACCCCAACCAUCUGCCCUCUGUUUUGUGACUACUAUAACUCACCUGAUGGCUGUGAGUGGCACUAUAAACCCUGUGGGCAACCCUGUAUGAAGACAUGCAGGAAUCCUUCAGGAGUCUGUUUUAAUGCUAUACCUCCAUUAGAAGGAUGCUUUCCCCAGUGCCCCCAAGAAACCCCAUUCCUGGAUGAGGAGAAAAUGAAGUGUGUUAAAAUAUGUGAAGAUUACUGUGAGUACAACGGUAAAAAAUACCUACCUGGAGAAUUCAUAUACAGCACAACAAAUGGAGAUGGGACAUGUAUCAAUGCUAGUUGUUCAUCUGAUGGUAACAUUAAAGAAAUAAAUGUUCCAUGUGAAGUUUACUGUGAGUACAACGGUAAAAAAUACCAACAUGGAGAAUUCAUAUACAGCACAACAGAUGGGAACGGGACAUGUAUCACUGCUAGUUGUUCAUCUGAUGGUAACAUUACACCCAAUAUGUUUCCAUGUUCCACUCCAUCUACUCCAACCACCACAACAAUAUUUACUUUCUCAACACCUGAGCCAGAAACAACAACUAGAACUCAGACAACAGCAGAAGCUUCAACAACAAAACUAAGCACUGUCACAGCAAAGAUAUCUACCAUACCGAGCACCUCGGUUACUCCAUCAACUGUAACAGAAAUUAUUCCUACAACACCUGUUACUCCAGUGCCUCCAACAACACCCAAAACAACAGAGAUCCCCCCAUCAUCAACUCAGCCAGAGUCAACAACAACAGCUGUAGUUCCCCCAACAACAACAAGGAGCAUAGAGAGCUCAACACCAACAGUUACAGAAAUUUCUUCAACUACCCCAGAGAUCACUACGACCACAGCAACCAUUCUGAGCAGUACUACUCCAAUAUCUGAUUGCUCACCAUGCAAAUGGACUGAUUGGUUUAAUACUAAUUACCCUAAUUAUACUGGAAAUGAUGGUGGAGGUGAGACCGAAUCUGUAAAUGCCAUUUUCGAAGCAAACACCAUUUCCUGUGAGGUACGAGAAAAGAUAGAAUGUCGUGCUAAAGAAUACACGGACAAGACUUUAUCAGAGUUGGGUCAAAAGGUGACAUGUAAUGUUGAUGAUGGUCUCAUUUGUAAAAACAAUGAUCAGAUGGGACCACCAUGUUAUAAUUAUGAAAUACGAGUCAAAUGCUGUUCUCAGAAUCCACAUUGCACAACAACAACAGAAUCAACGCCCAGUACCACCCCAACACCCACAACAACAAAGAUCAUUCCGCCAACGACUACCAUAGAAAGCCCAACUACAUCAGUAACAGAAAGUCAAUCAACUACAGCAGUGACCACUACAACCGUAACUGUCUCUCCUUCAACUGUCACAGGAAGUACACCUGUAACAACACCUGUUACUCCAGUGCCUCCAACAACACCCAAAACAACUGAGAUCCCCACAUCAACUCAGCCAGAGUCAACAACAACAGCUGUAGUUCCCCCAACAACAACAAGGAACAUAGAGAGCUCAAAUACAACUAUUACAGAAAUUCCUUCAACUACCCCAGAGAUCACUACGACCAAAAUAACCAUUCCGAACAGUACUACUCCAAUAUCUGAUUGCUCAACAUGCAGAUGGACAAAUUGGUUUGAUAACAAUUACCCUAAUUAUACUGGAAAUGAUGGUGGAGGUGAGACCGAAUCUGUAAAUGCCAUUUUCGAAGCAAACACCAUUUCCUGUGAGGUACGAGAAAAGAUAGAAUGUCGUGCUAAAGAAUACACGGACAAGACUUUAUCAGAGUUGGGUCAAAAGGUGACAUGUAAUGUUGAUGAUGGUCUCAUUUGUAAAAACAAUGAUCAGAUGGGACCACCAUGUUAUAAUUAUGAAAUACGAGUCAAAUGCUGUUCUCAGAAUCCACAUUGCACAACAACAACAGAAUCAACGCCCAGUACCACCCCAACACCCACAACAACAAAGAUCAUUCCGCCAACGACUACCAUAGAAAGCCCAACUACAUCAGUAACAGAAAGUCAAUCAACUACAGCAGUGACCACUACAACCGUAACUGUCUCUCCUUCAACUGUCACAGGAAGUACACCUGUAACAACCCCUGUUACUACAGUGCCUCCAACAACACCCAAAACAACUGAGAUCCCCACAUCAUCAACUCAGCCAGAAUCAACAACAACAGCUGUAGUUCCCCCAACAACAACAGUUACCAUAGAGAGCUCAACACCAACACUAACCACAACCACAAAGGUAAUUCCUUCAACUGUAGUAACAUCACGUACCACAGAAAAUAUAAUCACACAACCUGUCCAGACAACAACCCCCUCAAGCGCACCACAAGUCAAUGAAACAACAACACCCACUGUCACAAAAAUUAUUUCUACAACACCUGUUACUCCAGUGCCUCCAACAACACCCAAAACAACUGAGAUCCCCACAUCAACUCAGCCAGAGUCAACAACAACAGCUGUAGUUCCCCCAACAACAACAAGGAGCAUAGAGAGCUCAACUACAACUAUUACAGAAAUUCCUUCAACUACCCCAGAGAUCACUACGACCAAAAUAACCAUUCCGAACAGUACUACUCCAAUAUCUGAUUGCUCAACAUGCAGAUGGACAAAUUGGUUUGAUAACAAUUACCCUAAUUAUACUGGAAAUGAUGGUGGAGGUGAGACCGAAUCUGUAAAUGCCAUUUUCGAAGCAAACACCAUUUCCUGUGAGGUACGAGAAAAGAUAGAAUGUCGUGCUAAAGAAUACACGGACAAGACUUUAUCAGAGUUGGGUCAAAAGGUGACAUGUAAUGUUAAUGAUGGUCUCAUUUGUAAAAACAAUGAUCAGAUGGGACCACCAUGUUAUAAUUAUGAAAUACGAGUCAAAUGCUGUUCUCAGAAUCCACAUUGCACAACAACAACAGAAUCAACGCCCAGUACCACCCCAACACCCACAACAACAAAGAUCAUUCCGCCAACGACUACCAUAGAAAGCCCAACUACAUCAGUAACAGAAAGUCAAUCAACUACAGCAGUGACCACUACAACCGUAACUGUCUCUCCUUCAACUGUCACAGGAAGUACACCUGUAACAACCCCUGUUACUACAGUGCCUCCAACAACACCCAAAACAACUGAGAUCCCCACAUCAUCAACUCAGCCAGAAUCAACAACAACAGCUGUAGUUCCCCCAACAACAACAGUUACCAUAGAGAGCUCAACACCAACACUAACCACAACCACAAAGGUAAUUCCUUCAACUGUAGUAACAUCACGUACCACAGAAAAUAUAAUCACACAACCUGUCCAGACAACAACCCCCUCAAGCGCACCACAAGUCAAUGAAACAACAACACCCACUGUCACAAAAAUUAUUUCUACAACACCUGUUACUCCAGUGCCUCCAACAACACCCAAAACAACUGAGAUCCCCACAUCAACUCAGCCAGAGUCAACAACAACAGCUGUAGUUCCCCCAACAACAACAAGGAGCAUAGAGAGCUCAACUACAACUAUUACAGAAAUUCCUUCAACUACCCCAGAGAUCACUACGACCAAAAUAACCAUUCCGAACAGUACUACUCCAAUAUCUGAUUGCUCAACAUGCAGAUGGACAAAUUGGUUUGAUAACAAUUACCCUAAUUAUACUGGAAAUGAUGGUGGAGGUGAGACCGAAUCUGUAAAUGCCAUUUUCGAAGCAAACACCAUUUCCUGUGAGGUACGAGAAAAGAUAGAAUGUCGUGCUAAAGAAUACACGGACAAGACUUUAUCAGAGUUGGGUCAAAAGGUGACAUGUAAUGUUGAUGAUGGUCUCAUUUGUAAAAACAAUGAUCAGAUGGGACCACCAUGUUAUAAUUAUGAAAUACGAGUCAAAUGCUGUUCUCAGAAUCCACAUUGCACAACAACAACAGAAUCAACGCCCAGUACCACCCCAACACCCACAACAACAAAGAUCAUUCCGCCAACGACUACCAUAGAAAGCCCAACUACAUCAGUAACAGAAAGUCAAUCAACUACAGCAGUGACCACUACAACCGUAACUGUCUCUCCUUCAACUGUCACAGGAAGUACACCUGUAACAACCCCUGUUACUACAGUGCCUCCAACAACACCCAAAACAACUGAGAUCCCCCCAUCAUCAACUCAGCCAGAGUCAACAACAACAGCUGUAGUUCCCCCAACAACAACAAGUAGCAUAGAGAGCUCAACUACAACAUUUACAGAAAUUCCUUCAACUACCCCAGAGAUCACUACGACCACAGCAACCAUUCCGAGCAGUACUACUCCAACAUCAACUACAGAGUUAAUCUCAACAUCAACUGAGCAAGGGUCAACAACAACAGCAGUUCCUACAACAACAACAAUUACCGUAGAGAGCUCAACUACAACAGUAACAGAAAGUCAAUCAACUACAGCAGUGACCACUACAACCGUAACUGUCUCUCCUUCAACUGUCACAGGAAGUACACCUGUAACAACACCUGUUACUACAGUGCCUCCAACAACACCCAAAACAACUGAGAUCCCCACAUCAUCAACUCAGCCAGAAUCAACAACAACAGCUGUAGUUCCCCCAACAACAACAGUUACCAUAGAGAGCUCAACACCAACACUAACCACAACCACAAAGGUAAUUCCAUCAACUGUAGUAACAUCACGUACCACAGAAAAUAUAAUCACACAACCUGUCCAGACAACAACCCCCUCAAGCGCACCACAAGUCAAUGAAACAACAACACCCACUGUCACAAAAAUUAUUUCUACAACACCUGUUACUCCAGUGCCUCCAACAACACCCAAAACAACUGAGAUCCCCCCAUCAUCAACUCAGCCAGAGUCAACAACAACAGCUGUAGUUCCCCCAACAACAACAAGGAGCAUAGAGAGCUCAACACCAACAGUUACAGAAAUUUCUUCAACUACCCCAGAGAUCACUACGACCAAACUAACCAUGCCGAGCAGUACUACUCCAACAUCAACUACAGAGUUAAUCUCAACAACAACACCACCACAAUGUGUCUGUACAUACAGAAAUGAAAAAUUCCUCCCAGGGUCUAUCAUCUAUAAUGAAACUGAUGGGGCAGGAUGGUGUUUUACUGCGUAUUGUGACAAAGGGUGCCAAGUACGCAAGGAACCACAACCUUGCAUUACAACUACUACCAACCCCACUACUACUGUUACUAGUACUAGCACUACCACUGGCACUACUACUCCUACAUCAACUACCACUAAAAGUUCUUCUCCUACAACUACAAAACCUACUACUACUACAACUUCUCCUACAACUAUAAAGUCUACUAUUAUAACAACUCCUCCUCCUCCAACUGACUGCUUUUUCCUUAACCCACCAAGGAAGCAUGGAGAAACCUGGACUGAAAACUGUUUGGUUAGAACAUGCUUCAAUGGGACAGUCACCACCACAACUCCAAAUAACAUAUCCAUUCCAGUGUGUGCUAAUGGGAUGCCUGCUGUGCAAGUUCCCAAUACGUGUUACCAGUAUGCCUGCCCAUGUAGAUGCAUGGGAUGGGGAGAUCCUCAUUACGUAACUUUCGAUGGAAAGUAUUAUGCCUUCCAAGGCAACUGCACAUAUGUGUUGGUCCAGGAAAUUAUCAAGAAGUACAACUUCAGUGUUCAUAUCAAGAACUACUAUUGUGAUAUGACUCAUGGUUUGGCCUGUCCUGAGAGUUUAACUAUAUACUAUAAGUCCCACACAAUCUACUUGAAACAGACAAGAAACCCAACUGUGAACACAGUUAUUGUUAAUGGUAAAGAGAAGACUCCAACCAUCUCUACUGCAGACUUUACCAUCACAAGUACUGGGAUCCAGGUGACUGUGGACAUUCCUAAAAUCAACGCUCAGAUUACCUUUGCAGGCAUGAACUUUGUAGUCAAUCUGCCUUAUUCCUUGUUCUAUAACAACACUGAAGGACAAUGUGGUGUCUGUGACAACGUGACAGACAAUGACUGCAGGCUACCUAAUGGGCAAGUCCAGAACUGUGUAAAUACUGCAGAGGCUUGGAAAGUGAGCGGCGCAUGUCCUACUCCAGUUCCUCCCACAAAUACAACCACGACCACAGUCUCAACCAAAACUAAAAGCACCACCACAACCACAACUAAAUACUGUGAUCCAGAAAUCUGCAAAGUCAUCACCAGCAAUGUGUUUAAAGACUGCCAUGAGUACUAUCCUCCUGAAAAUUUCUAUGAGGCGUGUAAAUAUGACGUGUGUAACAUGAAAAAUGCCACCGGAUGCUUCAGUCUGGAGAGUUAUGCUACCUUGUGUGCUAAGAUGUCUGUAUGUGUGGACUGGAGGAGUUCUACUAAUGGACUUUGUGCAUACAAAUGUCCCAGUCCAAAAGUCUACCGGGCAUGUGGGCCCAAGGUGGAAGAAACCUGCAACUCAAAAUACAAUGAAAAGUUUGUCAGUUGUGAGUCAGGUGUGUGUCAAGUCGUUAAAGAAGGAUGCUUCUGCCCUAAUGGCACCACUCUCUUCAACACUGACACAGACAUAUGCACACCCUUCUGUGGCUGUGUUGGGCCUGAUGGACUGCCUAGGAAACCGGGAGACAAAUGGCAGAUGAACUGUCAAAACUGUGAAUGCAGGACUGAAUCCAUGGGUCCAGUGUGUGAACCUGUCACAUGUUCCACCCCUGAACCAUGUAACAGGGCUGGCUAUGAGAUCACGACUGUGGAUUGCUGUGCACAGUGUGUGUGCAACCCUGAUCUGUGCCCCAUUAACACAUUGAAAUGUGAUCCUGGAUUUGAGCUUGUGCAAAAUAAGUCUGAGGGUGACUGCUGCUUCUCCUUCUCCUGCAGACCCAAGCCUGUCUGUGUUUUCAAUGGAACAGAAUAUCAGCCUGGAGUUAAAAUUGCAGUAGACAGCUGUAAGGACUGUAACUGUGGCUCCACCUUGAACCCCAGCACACAUUUAUUCGAUAUACAUUGUUCUCCUGUUACCUGCAACACAACGUGCUCUCAGGGCUUUUCAUAUCAACUUGCUCCAGGCAAAUGCUGUGGAAACUGUGUACAGAACCAAUGUGUUUAUACAGAAAAAAGCGGCACAGUUCACACAAUUAAGGUUGGAGAGAAUUUUGUUCCUCCAGAUGAAACUUGUGUGAACUAUACUUGCACUAAAGAGAAAGAUGCAUUUACGUUGGUGAGGAUCAUCUCAUCGUGUCCAGCAUUUUACCCUGAAAGGUGCAAACCUGGCACCAUUAAGACCACACCAGAUGGAUGUUGCAAGACCUGUGAGACAGAGGACUGUAAUGUUCAGAAAAACAAUACUUUCUUGGUCUCCAACGGCUGUAGCUCAGUACAUCCUGUGGACAUAACCUCCUGCGCCGGCUCCUGUGACACCAGCUCUAUAUACUCGAUGGUGGCAAACAGCAUGAUGCACAAAUGUUCCUGCUGCCAGGAAAUGCGUACCAGCAGCAAGGAGGUGCAGAUGAAUUGUCCUGGUGGGCAUCAGAUCACAUAUACCUACACCUAUGUUGAAGAGUGUGGCUGCCAUGUCACAGAAUGCAAUGACCACAAAAAAAUUGAUUAAGAGCUCCUAAUUAUUCUGAUUUUAUCACCAACUGUCUCUUCCAUGUUAUCAGUUUCAGUUCGAUUUUAGGGAACAGGGUUCUAAUUUUUUGCCAUCCAGUGUCCUACUUUCUUAAUCAUGGUGGCCAUGUAUUCAUUUCUUGAACUGUUUACUUCUUUUCAAAUACACCAUUCUUUUUCUGUUCAAUCAUAAAAAAUAAAAUAAAUCAGCAUCAAUAA